UUUUUAAAUUCAAAAAUCUCUAAAAAAAUCUCAAAAAUUUGCAAAAAAUUUCUCACAACCCUCACUUCCCCAUUUUCAAGCUCCUAUACAUCCCCUGCAUGUACUCACUAUGGAAACAACAGAAAGACGGCAAUCCCUGCUACAGAAUUUUAUUAUAUUGUGGCGUUAUGGACUUUGGAAUUCUCUGGAGCUUAGGAAUACUUGCCCCAAUACUUGCUUUGAAUGGUUCUGUUUAUUGCACAAACCCUUUAAUUACUUUUAUUACUGGAGCAACUAAUGACUUCUUCUAUUCAUGUGAAAUGUCAGCAAGUACUUUACUUGCCUUGAAUCGUUGUAUGGAUAUUCUAUGUUCUGAAUUAACACAAAUACUUUUUGAAGGUAAUAGAGUUUGGAUAUGGCUUGGUGCAACUACAAUUUAUGGCUUGUAUUGGCUAUUUUUUGUGAACCCCAGCCUAUUCAACAGUAUCUACUUUGCCUACUUUUUUAAUCCCUAUCAAGGCUAUAUUGCUGCUGAUGAAUAUCACCCAUUAACUCACACACUUCAUGAUUGGAUUAUUGGAGGUUCCGUUCCCGUAAUUUACAUUCUCUUUCUUAUUGGAAUUCGAUGGAAAAUGCGUGGGGCAGUUGGGGGUUUGGGGAUUACAAAACUUCAAAUGAUGGUUCCUCCAAAAUAUUUAUUCAAAAAUUUAUUUCCCUCUCUCUAGAGCUUUAUUCAAGUAUUAAUUCUAAGUUUUAUUCAUUUGGUUGGUUGUUCCCUCUAUGUUUUAAUGCAAAUGAUACCCGUAACUGAAUCACUUAUUAUACUUGCUGAAUUUGUUUGGUUCAUAAAUCAUGGCAAGUUUCUUCUACUAUUUUUUCUCUUACUUUUUUAAUCCACAAUCUUCUCUCUCCAAAACUUGAAACUAUAAGGCUGUUGGUGACCGGUUAAUCCUUGCCUGUAGCAGCGUCCUUAAAAAUUCCCCUAUCCAAUUUAACUGCUCCCACAGGAUACAAUUAACCGGACACCAUCAACCCCUACUUAAAAUUUCCUCUAAUUUAUUUUUUCAGGUAUUUCUCCAUUCAUUUUUCUUUGUAUUAACCGAACAAUUCGAAAUGACUGCAUUCUACUCUUUUACAAGUUU